GGUCGCUGUGCGCUCUUCGCAAACUCUGGCUCUGCGUGCACUCUCGUCGUUGCGCGCAGCGACCGCGCCGCCCUCCUAUGCCCUUCCGCUCGCGCACCUCCAUCGCCACCUCCACCGCCAACGGCAGCGAGGCGGACGUCCCUCUCCCCAUCCUCAAGCCAAAGGCCAUCACCGUGGAGAAGUCCGCUUCCGUUGAGACGUCCGGCCUCAGCGACACCCUCCGCGGGACGCCCCUGCCGCCCCCCGUCGUCCAGGGCUCUGGCUCGUCGACCAAGCGCGGCAAGAAGAAGAGCGCCCGGGUCGACCGCGGCCUGAGGGUCCACUGGGCGCAGUUCAAGCGGCGCAUGGGCACAGGGACUGCUCCGUCGACGUCGUCUGCCAUCGAGCCCGACGAGAGCGGUGACAGCUACAGCAAUGGGCGGGCCCGGCAGGCGCAGCUGGGCGACGAAGACGACGACGGCGUAGACGAGGUCGUCGUCGACCGCGAGUGGUCCGACGAGAUAAAGAGUUCAUCCUGUACCCACUCCGAGCACGGCGGCACCCCGGAGAGGACAAGCAACCCCCUCGGCACCAACACCGACAUGGAGAGCCUUUUCGUCCGCCCCGAGGGGUUCUGGGCCAUGUGCGGGCCCCUCAUCUUCCUCCGCUGGAGAUGCUGGCCGGUCGUGCAUGAUUUCUUCGUCAAUCACUUCAUGGACGAAAAGUCGGAGCUGCACUACAGCAAGGAGAACUGGUUCAUGAAGAAGAACCUGGCCUUGUGGUCUUCUGCAUUCCUCGUCGUCAACUGGGUCCUGGCUAUGGCUUUCAUCCAGAAGCCUAUCACAAUAGCGGAUGAAAUCUACUACUAUGGUAUUGCCCCUGCGGCGACCUUCCCGAUAUUCGUGUUCGUGAUGUUCGACUUCCCUAGGGACCGGCCGACACUCUACCAGUGCUGGGUUACGUUCGCAAUAUGGCAGUGGGCAUUCUACAACGUCAUCAUGAUGUAUCUCUGCGGCUUUUACACCAAGGACGGGAUUCUGCCUUGUUCGAACCGCGAUUUUCUCACGCUCUUUUAUUAUGCGACCGCGCUGCAGACUGUCGGACUGUUUGGCUUGAAGAUCAAUCGUUUCCCCGCUAUGAUAGCCGCGGCACUGUUCUUCGCAGUGGCCUGUGGUCUGAUCAUACCUAUCCACACGCAAAUGAUCCGAAAUCUCAUCAACUUCCUCUGCUUCCAAGCCUUCUUGCUGUACAUUCAUUUCAUGCGAGAGAAUGCGGAGCGGCGGUUGUACACGUUACGCGAUCAGCUCAAGGUCCAGUUCCGGGCAACGCAGAAAGCACAGGUCAACGAGCGCAAGGCAGCGGACUCGAAGCGACGACUGACAUCCUAUGUCUUCCACGAGGUUCGGGUGCCGCUCAACACGGCGCUUCUCGCAGUGCAGAAUAUGGAGGCCUACGGCUCGGUCGCGAAGGCACAGGAAAUCGAGUUCAAGGCGUUGGAGGGCAGUCUCAGCAUGAUGUCCAAGGUGCUCAAUGACGUCCUCGACUUUAACCGUAUGGAUAGCGGGCGUUUUGAGUCUGUCCUUAAGCCGUACUCCUUCCACCAGGUCAUGCGCUCGAUGUUCGUCCCUCUGCGUUUGGCGACGGACGCGCGCGGGCUUGAGUUUGUCGCUGACCUGGAUAGGAAUAUCGACGAGGUCGCGAGGAGAGCGUUGCACGAGGCUUUGGGCGAGAGUCCGGACGUCGUUGAGAGCCGAUUGAAGGACACUUUAGGCGAGGACGGGAUCGUCGUCGGCGAUGAGACGAGGUUACGGCAGAUCAUCACGAACCUCGCAAGCAACGCGUGCAAGUUCACACCAACCGGCGGCAAGCUCACGGUCACGACGAAGCUCGUUCUUCCGGGGCUCCCGCCCGGGGGUGAGAGCGCGAGCGCGUGCGAUGCUAAUGAUACCGUUCUCGAAGACUUCAAGGAGACGUCCCAUCUCGACGUUGCCGAUGAGAAUGGCCAGUCAAGCCCGCCUAUUCCUCAUCGGUUAUCGGCCACGCACCUCACGCAGCACAAUAACACGCUUUCGAAACCGCCACCAAUCGAGUGGAUCGUUGUGCGCAUUGAGGUGACGGAUACGGGGUACGGCAUCAGGCCGAAGGACAUGGUGCAGAGCAAACUGUUCAGUGCCUUCAAUCAGACGGAACAGGGUCGGUUGCAAGGUGGGAAAGGCACCGGUUUGGGCUUGGCGCUCGUGCGUCAGAUCGUCAAGCUUACUGGUGGUCGUCUGGGUGUGCGGUCGAAGGUCGGCGUCGGGUCGACGUUCUGGGUGGAGCUGCCUUUGGGCGUUGGGGUCAAGGCGACGCCUGUGUUCACGAUGCCGAGGGAGGACUUCCUUGACACCCCUUCGAGCAUGACGAGGACAAUGCGGUCCGCAACACAGUCGGAUCUGCCAUUUUUGGACAGUCCACCCGAUUCGCUUCGCAUACCUCCGCAAGUUGGUUCGCGAUCUACGUCUGCUCUACAUAGUAUCAUGGAGCAAGGUGGUCUUGUCGAGAUCUCGACGAAGCGCGGUGACGGACGGACGACAAUCCUCACGCGGGCCAUUGGCGAUCCAUCAACCGGGACACAAGCGAUCGUCGACGACACAACGCCGCCAGCUAUACAAGAGCCACCUCCUGCGCUCACUACGGACAGCUCCAGUUCAACAACCACCGUCCGCCCUCGCCUCUCGCAGCUCCCGAAACCCGGCACAUUUUCUCUGGAACCACCAAUAUCUCCCGCAGGGUCCGCGGCGACGUCGUCCACACAGCCGAGCCUUACGCCCGGGUCGAUAUCUGAGGGUCCGCUGCGGGUGCUCGUGGUGGACGACGACCUGCUUACGCGCAAGCUGAUGUCGCGCAUGCUCACGCGAAUAGGCUGCAAGGUCGCGACAGCAGAGAACGGCGAGAUCGCGCUGGAGAUGAUUCUGGGCCCGGGCCACCACGCCACACCGUCCUCGGAGGACACGGGCAGCGCGGGGCUGUCGGUGGACGGGAUGUUGGCGGCUGGCGAGGAGUAUCGGUAUGCGGUUAUCUUCUUGGAUAACCAAAUGCCGGUGCUGUCGGGGCUGGAUGUCGUGACGAAGCUGCGGGAGCUGGGCAGGAAAGACUUCGUCGUGGGCGUCACUGGCAAUGCUCUGUUGACGGAUCAGCAAGAGUAUGUCGAGGCUGGAGCGGAGUACGUCCUGACGAAGCCGGUCCUCGAGAAGAGUCUCAAGAGCAUGCUCGUGAUUGCAGACGAACGACGAAAACGCGGCCCCUUACUCCCACCCGAACCGCCGCGAACAAAUGGGGCACCACAGGCCCCAUCAUAGCGAUACUACGCGUGGGCCUAGAUCCCCACCUAAUUUCUGUACUCUCUCCCUUCCUUGGGUUCGUCGGCAUGUUGUGCAACUGGUA